GCCGAAGAAGAGAAGAAGAAGAAAGAAAUCGAAGAAGAAUAACGACGUGCGAAAGAUAAAAAAGAGAGAGAAGAAUUUCAGUCAAGGUUGUACGGGCCCUACGGGGAGAUGAACGCCAAGUUGGACAAGGUUUGCGAGGCGUUGGCAGGCAAGCAAGACAAGGUGCCGGCGAAAGGGACUGGUGAGGCUAGUUCGUCUUACACUCACCAAGAUGAUGCAAUUGCCAUUCUUAUGAGACGGCAAGAGGAGAUGAGAAUUAAAUUGGAGCUUGCAGUUGGAGCACAAAAAAAAGUAGAGUCACUCGAAGCGCAGGUCUGUUCCUUGGAGAAGUUACGUGACGAGAUUACUGCCGAAGCUGAAACAUGGAAGAAGGAAGCUCUUCGGUCGGGAAAUAAGCGCAGCCGAAUUGCUUUGUCACCUUCGGCACAGUCCAGGGAGGCUUGCUUGACAACUCCGGUCAAAUCUACCUGUCGACCGCAAGUUGACAUGUCUCAUUUGAAAGAGCUGCAUAAUUUGGAGGUCAACGCACUCAAGGGACUAAGACUGCAGGAACUUAAUCGAAGGAGGGAAACUGAACAUGAACUUGCCGAGAUGAAGAAGAAGAUUGCUCAGUUGGAACUGACGAAGAAGACACCGAGGAGCAGCUUAAGAGACAAACUUGAAGAGGUGGUGGAGAUUACUGAGACGAAAGAUGAUCGUGUAAAGUCAAAGAUCAGUGAAACAGAGGCUGACAUUGAAGAAAACAAUUGGGAAACUUUCAUCAAAGGAGAAAAGAAAGCAUUGCGAAAUCUAAAGAAGGAGGAAGUCAUGAAGAUAUGCAAGAAAGAAGGAAUCGUUUACUCGACUUUACCGAAGACUGUAAAUGAGAUCAUUGCCAAGAGAGUUGUUGCGGAUUUCGGUGAGAAGAAGAAAAAAAAAAGUAAAGUCGAUGAGACUUAUGAAGACAUCUGUGCUGAAACCGUUGACGGUGGGACGAAUGAGGAAAGGGAUUCUGCAGCUUCUUAGGUACUGUCCCGAACGCGUCUCGUAUCUGGUCUGUUGCUAGAUCAUGUGUUCAUCUUAGGCAGAUUUCACCAAAUCUUUUGCGUA